AUGUCAGCUACCACGCAAACCGUUACGCCAACCACGGCGGCCAAGGCCAGGAAAUUUGAGCUUCCGGCGUUGGAUUUCAAGUUUGGCUCCCUAACCGAGGGCACCAACAUUCCUCCUCCUCUUCCCUCCCUAUCCUGGAGACUCUUUAGCCGGACACUUUUGAAUAACACUUAUGAGGAAGGUGAAGCCCAUAUCAAUGGAAAUGGUGCCUCGAACGGCGCAGCUCGCCCCGGCAGCCGAAGCGCCAGCAUCCUCGACGAGAAGAAGGCGAAGCGGAGUAGCGGCUGGUUUCGGCGGCUCAGAUCCGGAGGCGCCCCGGAGAACGCGUCGAAGCGGACCAGUACCCUCUACCAAGAGAUUUCGAAGCCCUCCACGCCCCCGCCUCCCAUGAUCCCGGAGCUCGGUACCCUUGACACCAAACUAGACCUGGGAGGGUCUAAUGACCUUGGUAGCGGCGGCCUCUUCAAGAACAUCAAGUAA